GAAAGCGGGCGGGUGGAGCUGUUUCCACUGGAGACUGGGGGCUGGGCCGACCCUCUCGCUCGAUGGGGUCCGGGAGAGAUUCCUGGAAGAAACGGGGCCUCCUUUGCAAGCCAAGGCUGCUGCUGCGCCCUCGCGCCAACCCCGGGCGCUCACGUGCCGGCGUGUUCUCGGCUUGGCUUGUCGCUCGGCCACAUCUGGGGACCAAGAAAGGUGUGGAGCCUUGCGGAAACCUACCAUUCAUUCAUGCUACUCAAGCUUUCUUCUCCCUACACCGUCUACUCUGCAUCCCCCACGCUCCUUUUAUUUUAUUCCCAGUAUUCAGGCACCGUCGGUGAGCCGCGAGCCAGGCAGCCUCCGCGGAGCUCCUGCCGACGCUCCCCCUUCCCGCGUCCUGCGGCAGCGAGAGGCAUGGAGAACGCCGCCCGCGCGGGGCGCUGAUCCCCGCGCCGCGCCCGCGCGCACACGCCCCCCAUUGCCGCCGCCCCCGCUCGGCCCCCGCGCCUCUCUCCCCGCCCCGGCCGCACCAUGACGGGCUCUGCGGCCGACACACACCACUGCCCCCACCCCAAAGGCGCCAAAGGCACCCGGUCCCGGAGCAGCCACGCGCGGCCCGUGAGCCUCGCCACGAGCGGGGGCUCGGAGGAGGAAGACAAAGACGGCGGGGUCCUGUUUCAUGUCAACAAGAGCGGCUUCCCCAUCGACAGCCACACCUGGGAGCGCAUGUGGAUGCACGUGGCCAAGGUGCACCCCAAGGGGGGAGAAAUGGUGGGCGCCAUCAGGAAUGCCGCCUUCUUGGCAAAGCCUUCAAUACCCCAGGUACCAAACUACAGGCUGUCCAUGACAAUCCCAGACUGGCUCCAGGCGAUUCAGAAUUACAUGAAGACUCUACAAUACAACCAUACAGGGACCCAAUUCUUUGAAAUUAGGAAAAUGAGACCACUGAGUGGGUUAAUGGAAACAGCAAAAGAAAUGACCCGAGAGUCCUUGCCUAUCAAAUGCCUUGAAGCUGUCAUCCUGGGCAUAUACUUAACCAAUGGGCAGCCUUCCAUCGAGCGAUUCCCCAUCAGCUUUAAAACCUACUUCUCAGGAAACUACUUUCACCAUGUUGUGCUGGGGAUUUAUUGCAAUGGCCGUUAUGGCUCCCUGGGCAUGAGCCGAAGGGCUGAGCUGAUGGACAAGCCAUUGACCUUUCGGACUCUAAGUGACCUCAUCUUUGACUUUGAGGACUCCUAUAAGAAAUACCUGCACACGGUCAAGAAGGUCAAGAUUGGGCUGUACGUCCCCCACGAGCCUCACAGCUUCCAGCCCAUUGAGUGGAAGCAGCUGGUCCUCAAUGUCUCAAAGAUGUUGAGGGCUGACAUAAGGAAGGAGCUGGAGAAAUAUGCCAGGGACAUGAGAAUGAAGAUCCUGAAACCUGCAAGUGCCCACUCUCCUACCCAAGUGAGAAGCCGGGGAAAAUCCCUGUCCCCCCGCAGAAGACAGGCAAGUCCCCCGAGGCGGCUUGGCAGGCGAGACAAAUCGCCUGCACUGCCUGAGAAGAAGGUGGCUGAUCUCAGCACUCUGAAUGAAGUGGGCUAUCAAAUCCGGAUUUAGCCAAGCCAUAAUGGUCAGCAAGAGGGCUUCUGUGGUGCUUCUCUCUGCACUUUACCCAACAUCUUCAGGAGGAAUUGCAACUAUUUAUUAAGAACUUGUGAAUUUUAUUUUUAAGGAUUCACCUGGAAAUAGAAUCUGAGUGGGCAGUAACAAUUAACUUUAAAAAAAUUCACUAAGGGGCAACCAUGAAAAUGCUUAAGUAAUAAACCCCACUGGGGCUGGACGUCUCCCUCACUCAAGAUUGAAACAAUAACAAUCAUUAACUGUAGUUUUUAUAUUUUUCCACUUGCCUAUUUUCUUUUACUUGCUUUGAACAUUAUUUCUCACCUGUAGUAAAUGUUCAUGACAUCUUCUCUCCUGUUUUUGGUAAAAUAAGGUAACUCAAUUAGUAUUAAUGUCUUUUUCAGCAAUAACAGAAGCAAAGAUAGGUGGCAUUUUUUUUAAGCAGUCAAUAUUACCUCAGCAUCUUGACAUCAGAUAUGCAACUUAAUGGUGUUUUGGUUUUUUAAUGUUCUAUUUGUAUUGUUUCCCCAAUAUUUCCCAUGGGGAUCUCCACAAGUUUGGAGUCUUUUUCCUGGUGCACAUAUGUGAUGAGACUUAAGAUAUUAUAUGCAAGUGUUUUAUUAGAAAGCACUGAAAUUCUUCUGGCAAUACGGGAAACAUUUUCAGGAUCCUGGAGUUACUUCCUUCUUAAUCCUUCUUAAAGCAUUCACUGACAGCAGCUUUUGUUCUUUCAAAACAAGGCAAAAAAAAAAUCACAUUCAGAAGCUAGUCUAUGUUCUGUCACUAACAUUUAAACUUUGCAGAUUCCAGCAAAAAGCACAAGAGGUAAUGCACUAUUACACAAAUUUGAUUCUGAAGGACUCACUGCUGUUAAGAGAUGUUUUCUGAUGUCUUAUAUUAAGACCAAAUACAAUACAAUGUGAUUUUUUUUUUCUAGUACCUUGCUUUUAGGUACCACUUCACGACAUUUAGGAACUAGUAAUAGGAAAUACAAUGACUUAGAGAUUCAGAACUUUUUUUUAAUGGAAAAGUCUUCUGGUACAGUGUUAUACCUUAUAGUGUGAUCUACUCCAUGAAGCACAGUAUGAAUAUCUGGCUUGCAUACAGUUAGUUACAGUGUAACUUCUGGCCACAGACCACUGACAGGGAACAUAGCCUGUACAAAAGAGUACAGUUUUGAUUUUACUUGUUUUAUCUUAGCAACCAUGCCAACUGAUAAGACCAAAAGGCAUAUUUAAGUGUUAUCUGCUAGUUAACAAAACUGUUAUUUCAGUCUUAGCGCUUCCUCUCUGGCUUUCUUUGUCCAAGGUGGUUAAAGGAAAGACUGAGAUCCUUUACCAGUAAAACCUCUGGUGGUGACAUGGAGAGCAAAAGGAGUUUAUCCUUCAGCCAUGAGAUCACUUUUCCCUAAAAAUCAAUAUUAUCAAUGGGAAGUACUGUUUUCUUUAAAAAGAAGGAAGUCUAAUGUCCCUUUUCAUGAACAGGACCAAGUAAGUGGACAUCUUAAUUAGAUUAAAAUACAGUAAAAGUGGAGAAUCCUGAAUUUAAUAAUUUUCUUCAAGAAUAUCAUUAUCAGUAGAGCUUAAAAUGAGUUAUCUUUGCAUAUCUUUGCAAGGUAAACCCAUUGCAGCCGCAUGGCUGCCAUCAUCCAUGAAUCAUUUCAUUCUCCUUCUCAAACAAUUUAACUUAGCUGUUUCUCUCUCUUUAUAUAUAUAUAUAUCCUUCUGUUUAUCAAUCUGAUACUUUUUAUGUCCACUAAGUAUUCAACACUGCAACCAUCCCAAGAGCUUGAAAAAGGGUUUGCCAAGUAUUACUUAAGGAUUUGUUGCAUCCAAAAUAUAGAAUGUCAAAUAGUUGCAUAGCCUCUUGUUUCCCACACACAAAAAAGGGGAAAAGAAUAGAAAUAUAAACUGUUUCUAAUGUGUUAAUAUAUAAGCCUUAAAACUGUCAACUGGCUUGAUCACUCAAUUAGUAACCUAAUUUCUUCCACACUCAUUUCUUGAUUUUAAGAUUCAUUUCCCCAAAGCAAGGUUUAGUCACAGAAACAUGAAAAUUCAAUUAAAAUGUUCUUAGUUUAAGCCAUUCUUUUGUUUUGUAUGGGACAUGUUAAUUUUUAAAAAGAUAAAAGAAAGCUGCCAAACUCCUAAAUUCUAGUGCAAUAAUUUAAUUAAAACAAUAUUAAAGCAAAAACAAAAACAAAACAAAACAAAAAAAACCCACACACAAGAAAACCAUGACAUGAUUUACCCCUAUCCCUUACCACAAAAGUUUAUUUUACAGGCUGGCUAUAAUUCAAAAAAUAAAAAAUAAAACUAUGAAAUGAUUUGAAAUCCAGUUUAAAUCAGUUAAUGCAAGAGAAAUUUUAUGAUUAAACCAUCAUGUCAAUAUAUGCAAAGUUUAAAUGUAUGACAGAAAUCUUGAUUUUAGACUAUAGGUUAUGCUGUUUUGAGUACACUUUAUUUCAGAAAGUGAUAUUUAGUAUUUUCUAUACACUCUGAAAUCAUGAGCAUUUCACUUUUUCUAAGGCAAUUAUUUCAUAAGGAUUUUAUUAAUAGAUAUUGGUAAACAGAACUUUGGAAAUCUUAAUUCAGUAUUCUUAUUAUACCCAAGGCUUUUGUAAGCUAUAGUUUUAUGUACAACCUGUACAGUUUUUUUGGCAUACAAUUCAGAAUCUUGUUUAUUCUCUUGGACUUUGUUCUGGCCAAUACAUUUUUUUUUAAUCUUUAAGAAAAACUGUGAUUGUAUUAGUGGGUAUUUUUCUAAGUAAAUGAAAACUUGUACAAUGGUAUUUUAGAGAAUGCCAGGUAAGUGCAUGUUUCAAGUUAAUGUUUUUCUCAUCACUUGUAUGUUUAUACAUAGCAUGGGACUUUAAUAAAACCAUCCUGGAAACUUA